CGGGAGGCUUGCGUCUGCUUAAAAUAAUGCCCCGGCUGUACCGAUAUCCCACAAUUCUACAGAGCUGCAUAGUGGAGUUUGAUAGGCUGGCGGAGAGGGGAACUGCAGCAGAGCAGCACCCCUGUCAGGAAGCAGAAGCCCACCGACGAGAGCCGCCGACCGAGGACGCUCCACCCGUGCGGUGGGCGUGGCCAGGGACAGGCAGACGCUCCGGAGCUGCCGUAGCAUCCUCUCCUCCCGGUUCCGCUCAGCCGAUGCAGUGGCCCGAGACCGGCAGCCUAAUGAAGCCGCGCCACUGAAAGGCAGCGGCGUCAUCGUGGGCCUUGUCGUGAUUCGCCAUGACGACUGAAACAGGCGCCGAGUCGGAGGCCAAGCAGCCGCAGGAGACGAAGGAGGUGGAGAAGCCCAAAGCGGCGGCGCCCCAUCCGGACCAGGCGGCGGCCGAGCCCACCUCGCCUCAGAACCGGGCAGAGCAGCUCCCCGCUGCCGCCGGACACAGCACCCCAGCCAGGAAAGAGCAGGAGCAUCAGGAGGAGGAUCAGGUGUCCCACAGGUCGUCCACCAGUCGUUUGUCCAGGUCUCCACUGAGAGGAGUGAAGAAGGUGAAGAUCAUGCAGUGUAAGGUCACCCUGCUGGACGGCUCCGACUACACCGUCAACGUGGAGAAACGAGCCAAGGGCCAGGUUCUGUUUGACAAAGUGUGUGAGCAUCUCAACCUCCUGGAGAAGGACUACUUUGGCAUCACUUACAGAGACGUAGAGAACCAGAAGAAUUGGCUGGACCCCUCCAAAGACCUGAAGAAGCAAAUCAGGACUGGUCCCUGGAACUUUGCUUUCAAUGUAAAGUUUUACCCCCCAGACCCUUCCCAGCUGACUGAAGACAUCACAAGGUACUACCUUUGCCUGCAGCUGAGGGACGACGUGGUGUCCGGACGCCUGCCCUGCUCCUUUGCCACCCACACGGUGCUGGGCUCGUACACGGCCCAGUCUGAACUGGGAGACUACGACCCUGAGGAACUGGGCAGUGACUACAUCAGCGAACUGCGCUUCGCACCCAACCAGACCAAAGAGCUAGAAGAGAAAGUCAUGGAGCUCCAUAAAUCCUAUAAGGGGAUGACUCCAGCUGACGCCGAGAUUCACUUCCUGGAAAAUGCCAAGAAGCUGUCCAUGUACGGCGUGGACCUCCAUCACGCCAAGUUGGUAGGGCGUCUCUAUGAAUGCUUGGCUUCGGCUGAGGGAGAGGACUCGGAGGGCGUGGAGAUCAUGUUGGGAGUGUGUGCGAGCGGCCUGCUCAUCUACAGAGACCGGCUGAGGAUCAACCGGUUUGCGUGGCCGAAAAUCCUCAAGAUCUCCUACAAGAGGAACAACUUCUACAUCAAAAUCCGCCCUGGCGAGUUUGAGCAGUUUGAAAGCACGAUUGGUUUCAAGCUUCCAAAUCAUCGCGCUGCCAAAAGGCUCUGGAAGGUGUGCGUGGAACAUCACACCUUCUUCAGGCUCGUGUCCCCUGAGGUUCCUCCCAAGAAGUUCCUGACCCUCGGCUCCAAGUUCCGCUACAGCGGCAGAACGCAGGCGCAGACCCGCAGAGCCAGCUCCCUGAUAAUCAGGCCGGCGCCGCUCUUCGAGCGCACCUCCAGCAAACGCUACAACAUGUCCCGCAGUUUAGAUGGAGCUCCGGUUAUGGAAAACCACGAGACUCUGAUGAAGGACGGCACCGCGGACGGGGCGGUCAAAGUCAUCGCCAAGGGAGACAUAAUCACCACGGUAACCACGGAGAAGGAAGCAGAGGAGGAGAAGGCGGAGCAGGAAGACGCUCGGAUGGAGGCCGCACAGACGCCGGAGCCCACGCGGCUCAGACAGGACACAAAGCGCUCCCCUCACGCAUUCACAAACGACCCCCUCCGCUCGGAGCUCUCGCUCCCCUCCACCCCCGUCUCAUCCACCAAAGUGCGGCGGCGGCGCCGGGAGAGCGCGCACAAGCGGGCCUCGUCGGUGAGCCCGGCCAAGAGCGGCGCCGGGUGCCGGCGCCGGCAGGCCCGCGCCGAGCGCAAGGCGGCGCUGCUGGAGGAGCAGGCGCUGCUGCUCUCCGCCCGCAAGCAGAGGCUGGAGCAGGGCGGGGGCCGCGGCGGCACACUCUUCUCCUUCUCGCUGCACCUGCCCGACCUGUCCUCCAUCCUGGACGAGGACGGCUACCUCACCUUCCCCGAUCUGUCCGAGAUGCGCUUCCUCCCGGAGUGCGCGCAAAACUUCCUGCCCAUCAAGUCGCCGUCGCUCAUCCCCUGCUUCCUCUUCAUCUUCUUCUUCCUGCUCUCCACCUCCUUCUCAGUUCCCUAUGCCCUCACCCUUUCCUUCCCCUUGGCGCUGUGCCUCUGCUACCUGGAGCCCAAGGCAACCUCCCUGACUGCCUCCAUAUACCAGGGCUACCAUGACCAUGACAGUUCAGAGGAAGAGGAGACCGAGAGCGAGCAAACUGACUUUGCCUUUGACGGAGAUCUGACCGCCACCGAGUCGGACGCCGACGACGACUCUGAAAUGCGGACGCAGUAUAGUUUCAUAAGACGAGUAAAAGGGGAAAACCUUUUUAUCAGGCAUAGUAAUCUAAUGCUAGAGGACUCGGAGCCCCCGGCGGAGAUGGCCAAGCACCAGACCAACAUCAGCGAGCUGAAGCGCUCCUUUCUGGAGACUGGCGGCGGCACGCAGGGCCAGACGGAGUGGGAGAAGAGGCUCUCCUCGUCCCCGGCGCACUCUCCCAGAGCAGAUGAGGCGCCGAUGAUAGAGCCGCUGGAGCCGCAGGACACUAACGGUGAGCAGCCUGCAGAGACGGAGGAGGAGGUGAAACCUAAAGCCCCAGAGGCGGCGGGAUAUCUGGUGAAGUAUGUGGUGGAUAGUAUUGGAACAGAUGGGGCCACCUCUUCGGGGCCUCACGGGAUUAGUCUGUCAACCACUAUGGAUGACGACGUCUUUAUGGACGGCACCCUAAGGGAGGCGGAGGAGAAAACCCCGGACUCCCAGGACGAGGUGUCGGAGAGGUUGGUGUUGAAGGUCAGCCCCAGAGCUGUCAGACAGGAAGUGUCUCAGGCCAUCAGUGAUAAGAAAGGGACGCUCAUUAUCUUGAAGGAGGAGAAAGAGAUGAAAGCUGUGGGUGAAAAGGAGGAACCUGAAGCUGACGCCGACCAAAGUGAAAUAGCUUCUUCCUCUAAAGAGAAACAAACUGUCAAAGACGAUAAUUCUAUUAACACAGAACCCGGAGGCACCGUAUUUGAGACGCUGAGUCCCAACCUGAAGAUAAAGACUGAUGACGUGACUCGCGUUAAAGGCGUCGACUCGCCCAAAAAAGCCAUGGCGUCGUGGAUUUCUGAGGAGGCGACGGCACCGGAGGUCAACGGCGUGUCAGCGAGCGGAGUCAAAGAGCCCUCAGAGGAGGCGCGGGCGGCGGUCCAGACCCAGCCAAGCGGUUCCAGCCCGGCUCAGACCGCGCUUUGUGACCCGUCAGCUGCGUCCAUAGCGGUGUCUACACUAGGAUGGGUUUCUUCCUCUCAGAAGACGUCAGCUGAUCCGGACGAGAAGGCAGUGGUUACCAUGGAGACGGAUGCAGCGCCAACCGAGACGACCGGGCCAAUGAGUCUUGAGCUGAGUGAGGUGGGUACAAAAGAGAUGCCUGUAAUCCAAACAGAGACAAAAACCAUCACCUACGAGUCAGGAGAGGGAGACACUAAUGGUGACACAGACCCCGGGGUGCUGCUGAGUGCUCAGACCAUCACCAUGGAAACCACGAGCACCACGACCACCACACACAUCACAAAGACGGUGAAAGGAGGAAUAUCGGAGACGCGGAUUGAGAAAAGGAUCGUCAUCACCGGAGACGCAGACAUCGAUCACGAUGAGGCUCUGGCUCAGGCCAUAAAGGAGGCAAAAGAACAGCACCCUGACAUGUCAGUCACCAAAGUAGUGGUGCAUAAAGAGACAGAGAUCACACCAGAGGAGGGGGAGGACUGACCCAGGAGUAACACCGGGAGCUGUUUUCUGUUCAACCCGUCCACAUGCCGACAUCCAGAACUUCCCACGUUACACCACCGGGACCCCCCCCCCCAUCCCCCCGAAGACUAAUACCACCAAAUGCUGCAGCUCGUCGCAACCAUCACCUGCAAAAUAAACCCGUGCAUUUAGCAUGAGAAGGGCGCCAGUGUUCAGCAUCGUUCAGCAAAAUGGAAAGAUUGAACAGAAAAUCGCGUGACUUCACAGACGAGUCUCGAUCCAUCUGCACGUCAAAUCCCUGUGUGCAGCAAGCAAACCUUUUGCUUCACCUGCCUUAUGACUUUGAUGCAUUUUUAUGAUUAAUAAGAAUAAUUAUUGUAGCAACAUUUUAUUUAUGAAAGAAACCAACACUCCAAACACUUAAAAUUGCUGUGGGCUGUAUAUGCUAAAGCAAAUACUAUAUAACUUUGCUGUAGAAGUGCCAAGCCUCAUUUUCCAGCAAGCAUCGCCUCACUCACUCCAACUCCAUGAUUUUCCAUCAGGUCUGUCACUCUACCCCAGUACUGUACAUAUCACAGCUUCCCUUGGAAAAAAAGCUAAUUAUCUGUCAUACUCAAUUUCACCUUGUGUACUUGAAUUUUCAUUUUCCCUCGUGAUCAUUUCUCAUUGGUUGAUUCCACCGCUGCAGCGCCUCGUUUCAAACAGGUCUAUUUCAAGCAAACGCCAAGGAAUCAAGAAAUAGAUUGUGACGUGCCUGUGCAGGGUUUGAAUGUUGUUGUUUUUUCCCCCCAAGGUAGAUGAUCAGCUGCAGCACAAGACCCCAGUCUGUGUGAUUGUGAGGUAAAGGGCUCAGACCAUGAGCUCUGGCCAGAUAGAUGCGAAGCCCAGAGAGCUCUGUCAACCCGCCGUCUCACUCCAUGUCAGCUGUAAGCCUCCCACAUCUGUUCGUCUGUAUCUGAAUAACUAGAUAUUGUUCAUGUACAGCUGUGUUUUACUCAAAAUGGUGAAAUAAAAGUGGCAAAUGCA